AUGGCUGGCAUAGAGAGACUAGAGGUCCACAGCAGGUCCUACAUUGUCCGCUGGGUCAAGGUCGAGGAGGGGAACACCCUCUCCUGGAGCGUACAACCACAUAAAAAGUCCAUAAACUUCGGCAUCGUUAAACACCCCGGCAGCGGUGCUACGGGCCUCUCCUCCACGGCCGGCGACGGUUUCGACUCUAAUAGCUCACAAACACAAGAACUUGCAGAGGGCAAAGCGAGCCGAUUUGCCAAGAAAGAUGUCACAGCGCAGGAUCUCCUUUCCAGCAAGGGCUUUAUAUCGAUAAAAUGGUUUGGGAAGUGCGAGGCGGACAAGGUGUCCAUGGGGGCUUACGACGUGCCCCUCGGGCAGACGGGCAUGUAUGGCCUGGUUUUUGACAACACCUUUUCUAAGCAAACAUCCAAGACAGCCACAUUUGUCGUCCUGACAUAUCCUACCGGUGCAGCUCCACAGAGCGCCAACCAUCUCCCGAAUUUGCAGAUGCCGAAUGCUAGCCAGACCAGCUUGGGCAUGCAUGGCAGCCCGCCAACCCGAGAGGGAGAUCCCUCUGCCUCCGUGGAUAGCUUCCAUAGCCACCCGAGCAAGGGCCAUGCGCGCACUGUAUCCGAAGCAACUAUGCCGGCCAAUUACCAUGUUGGAACGCUCUCAAAGAGAAGACGUAAGAAGGGACAGGGUUAUGCUAGACGCUUCUUUUCCCUCGACUACUCUACUUGCACCCUGUCUUAUUACUACAACAGGAAUUCUUCUGCUCUUCGUGGAGCAAUCCCCUUGAGCUUGGCUGCCAUCGCUGCCGAUGAGAGGAGAAGGGAAAUUAGCAUAGAUUCCGGUGCUGAAGUAUGGCACCUCAAAGCGCCCAACGACAAGGAAUUUCAAGAUUGGGCUCGAGCUCUUGAAAAGGCGAGCAAAUUGGCGAGAGGCCUUGAAAGCCAGCCGCAGCAGCCAAAGCUUGGCUUGCAGGUUGACAACCGCACUCUACAGCAAGACAACCUUGCUGGCCACCAUGGAGGCCGCGAUGAAGAGGUUGAAUGGCAGCAGGUCGAAACCCUGGUGAGCCGCGUUGUUGGAACUCGUGAUGCGCUGCGCCGUCUAACCAAGGAGGUUGCGGCACUACCGAGACCGACGUCUUCGUCAUCGCACCACUUCCUGGGUCCACCGGGGAGUGCUAUUGAUGAAAGUGGCGAUGCAGCGGAGAAGAAGUCCUUCUGGAAACGCAAGUCUAGUAACUCCGUAUCGGCCUCAACCCCUCCGACACUGCGACCGGAUUCAGCGACGAUCGAAGACCACACUGAUGCGAACAAGCGCAGGUCUAAAGGGGCGACCCAGGAGGAAAAAUCUUUGCAGGAUCAUUGCGCGGCUUUGCUUGCCGACCUCGAUUCUGUUGUCAGUGAAUUCACCAUUCUCAUUAACAAUAGCAAACGACGCCGUAUACCGGUGCCCAAGUCUGCCGAUGCCGCCUCUCGCCUGAGCUUGGAUACUACCUCUACAGGAGAUGAGUUCUUCGACGCUGAAGAUGCUACUAGGGUCGUCAAGAUUGAUGCCAGUGACGAUGAGCCGCACGAGUCAGACGCUGAUGAUGCCUCUUCGCAUGACAACUCAUCUAUUUCAUCCGUCGAAGAGGAGGAGGUGCGCAGUGGCGGCGCAAACGCUCUGUUUCCAGCCAAACCAAAGAGUCUUGUUCCGUUGCCUCUUGACGUCACAGUUGGCCGAAGAACUGGGAUACCGCCUGCGAUGGUUUUGCCCCCUAGUCUGAUUGCGUUUGUUCGGAAGAAUGUUGGCAAAGAUCUUAGCACCAUCAGCAUGCCCGUUUCCGCCAACGAGCCCAUCUCCCUGCUACAGAAGAUUGCAGAGCAGCUAGAAUAUGCGCAGCUUUUGGACCAGGCUGCUAAGCGCGGAUCGGUAACCGAGCGACUGCUGUACGUUACCGCCUUUGCCGUCUCACAGUUUAGCAGUGGUCGUGCCAAGGAGCGAGCUAUCCGCAAGCCGUUUAACCCUCUGCUGGGAGAGACGUUUGAAUUGGUGCGCUCGAACAAGGAAACCCCUGGCGGCUUCCGCUUGCUUGUGGAGAAGGUCCAGCAUCGACCUGUCAAGUUGGCAAUGCAGGCUGAAUCUGCCAGUUGGUCGCUCUCUCAAUCUGCCGCCCCAGGUCAGAAGUUUUGGGGCAAAAGUGCCGAGAUUACGACUGAUGGUCGUGUAAGAGUUGUGCUGCGACUGUCAGACGGAUCUGACGAGCUGUACUCGUGGAACAUUGCCACGAUGUUUUUGCGAAACGUGGUCAUGGGCGAAAAGUACGUGGAGCCUGUCGGAACGAUGAAUGUGACCAACGACUCGACCGGCCACAAAGCAGCCGUUGAGUUUAGAAGCAAGGGCAUGUUUGGUGGAAGAGCCGAAGAUGUCAAUGUGGAGACGUUUGGACCAGAUGGCGGCAACACGGGCAGUGGACUCACCGGCACCUGGACUAACGGACUCAAGACGGCCGGCCCUGGAAAAUCAGGAGGCGAAGAGAUUUGGCACGUCGGCAAAAUGGUGGACAAUCCUACCCAGACGUAUGGAAUGACGGCAUUCGCAGCCUCGCUUAACGAAAUCACAGAGAUUGAGAAGGGCAAGCUGCCGCCAACCGACUGCAGAUUGCGUCAGGAUCAGCGACUCGCCGAGCAGGGCAAUCUAGACGAGGCCGAGAUUUGGAAGGUCAAACUGGAGGAAGCACAACGAGCUCGUCGCCGCGUCUUGGAAGAGCGAGGUGAGCAGCACAAGCCGAGGUGGUUCGUCAAGGCGGAAGAGUCUCCAGAGGGAGAGGAGGUGUGGAGGAUCAAGACGGGCAAAGACAGCUACUGGGAAGAGCGUGCAAAGGGUGCUUGGACUGGCAUUGAGGAGAUUUUCAGCGUGCCUGGGGAGUAG